AUGCCAAACCUCCUCCACCUCCCAACAGAAAUCCUCCUCAGCAUCUACCACAACACAUCCAACAUCGACGACGUGCUGCACCUGGCGCGAACAUGUCGGCAGAUGCACGCGAUUUUCAACGCGCCGCGGAAUCGCGUUGAGAUCUUUCGCUCGGUUAUAAAAAACACCCCCCACCACAAAACAGACCACCAAAUAAGCUACCUCCAAGAUCUCCACUCAACCCUAGAGACACUCUACGGCGCCAACAACAACCUAACAAUGGGUUUCCUACGCCCGUCAGACAAGAUCUUCACCCACGUAGACUCCCUCCUAGACAGUGACAAGUACAUGUCAGACCAAUUCGUCUGGGACACAGUUGCCCGGUGGCACGGUAUGAAAGUCCUCUUUUUCGGGCUGUACUGCGAUGAGUCCGUGCACGCGUCCUACGUCAACUCCACCCCGCCAAGAGCGCAGUUCAAGGAGUCGAAUCGGUAUCGGGAUCGACUUGCUGCUGAGGCGCCGUUGGAUCCCCCAGCUGGUGUUACUAUCCCGAUUGAUAGUGCGGAGCGGAAGAAGGGGUGGCGCGCCUACGAGCGCUUCUACCAAGCCCUAACGCUCCACUGGGCCGUCAUCGAAACGCUCUGUCUAGCGCGCGCAGCAUCGUACUCUUCCAGCGCCGAGCGCAACGCGCGCUUCGAGCACAUCUGGACGCAGUGGACGGAUACGGGGAGUUCGCGAAGCCUUUCGACAAAGGUCGACGUGCUGGAGGUAGUCGAGUUCGUGUGGGGGUAUCUCGGGCGAAAGGUAUUUCAGGAGAAAGACGUGAUUGUGACGUGGGUGGGUGGGACGAGUGCGUUCGAUGAGUUCUGCGAUGAGGAGGAGCCGGUGGGGACGAACUGGAUGUAUUUUGUGCGGUGUAUGAUGCGGUAUUUGCGGCCUCCGCAUAUACUGGAGCUGCUUUUGGGGGUUGUGUGGAGGAAGGAUCGGGAGGGGGAGGGAGAGGGGAUGGAUAGGGUGGAGUAUCUGAGACGGGUAGGAUUCUUCGAUGAAUCCGCUGGGGUUGUGGAGAGGGAAGAUGAGGAAGAGUCAGAUCCAGAUACGAUGUUCAAUAUUGGGGGGUUGCAGGAGGAUGUUGCGGUGGGGUUGGAGGCGUGGGCGGAGGGGUAUGAGGUAGAUGUUGAUACUGAGGCGCAGUGGGAGGUGUAUCGGGAUAAGUUGUGGGGGGCGGAGAUGCGUGGACGGGUGCUGUUUCGGGAGGAGAGUGAGGAGGGGUUGUUUGGCAGAGUUACGGGGGAUAGAGAGGAGGGGACUUCCAAAAAGAGCUAA